UUUGUCGUUCCUCCUACUUGGCUAAGGUGUCUGGGCCAGUGAGAAUUACCGAUCUCUCUCUCUCUCUCUCUCUCUCUCUCUCUCUCUCUCUCUCUCUCUCUCUCUCUCUCUGCAUUGUGAGCCCUCAGAGCUGUCCUUCCUUGUUUACUUAUUUAGAAGUCAGCAGAGGAAGUGGUAAAGGAAACUAGCUGAGUCGUUUUCUGAGAAGAGACCAUAUUUGUUCACAGGGGAAGCCGCUGCUUUUGGGGAUCUGGCUACAGUAGACAAGACUCCUCUUCAACAAGGGUGUUUCUGAGGGUAGCUGGGAAUCAGAAGGGCCAAGGACACCUCAGCACUCUGGAUUUGGGCUUUUUUCUCUGUUCAUGGCUGCAGCACCUCUCCCCAGGUUGUGAGCCUCUUCCUGAACAGCAGCCAUGGCCUUGAAGAAUGUCCCUUUUCGCUCAGAGGUCUUAGCCUGGAACCCGGACAACCUCGCUGAUUAUUUCAGGAAGCUAAACUACAGGGACUGUGAGAAGGCUGUGAAGAAAUACCACAUUGACGGCGCUCGGUUUUUGAACCUGACAGAAAAUGACAUUCAGAAGUUUCCUAAGCUAAGAAUGCCGAUUCUCAGUAAAUUGAGUCAAGAUAUCAACAAGAACGAAGAGAGAAGGAGCAUUUUCACACGCAAACCCCAAGUUCAACGGUUUCCUGAAGAGACAGAAAGCCACGAAGAAGAUGAUGGUGGCUGGUCAUCCUUUGAAGAUGACUAUGAAAGUCCCAAUGAUGACGAUGAACCGGAUGGGGAAGACGAUGGUGACUAUGAGUCUCCAAUUGAAGAGGAAGAGGCACAGGUGGAAGAUACUACUGCUGACUAUGAACCUCCACCCUCCAAUGAUGAGGAGGCUCUGCAGAGCUCCAUCUUGCCCGCCAAGCCUUUCCCCAACACCAACUCCAUGUACAUCGACCGGCCUCCCACCGGCAAGGUCUCCCAGCAGCCUCCGGUGCCCCCGCAGAGACCAAUGGCCGCUCUCCCUCCCCUGCCGACAGGCCGGAAUCACUCGCCACUCUCUUCACCCCAGCCCAACCAUGAAGAGCCCAGCAGAAGUCGAAACCUCAAAACCGCAAAGUUUCCUGCUCCAUCAAUAGACAGAAGCACAAAACCUCCCUUGGACCGCUCGUUGGCCCCUCUUGAACGAGAGCCCUUCAUACUAGGAAAGAAACCAACAUUUUCUGAUAAGCCCUCGGCCCCACUGGGAAGGGAGCAUUUACCCAAGAUACAGAAGCCUCCUUUGCCACCAGCCAUGGACAGACAUGAAAGAAAUGAGCGACUCGGACCCCUGACAGCAAGGAAACCUCCAGUUCCAAGGCAUGGAAGGGGACCAGACAGAAGAGAGAAUGAUGAAGAUGAUGUGCACCAGAGACCUUUGCCGCAGCCGUCACUACCUUCUAUGAGCUCCAACACAUUCCCUUCAAGAUCUGCCAAGCCCAGUCCCAAGAACACAUUCCCAUUGCCUCACAUGCCGGGUGCCUUCUCAGAAAGUAACAUUGGCUUUCAGCAGAGUGCCUCCCUGCCACCAUACUUCUCUCAAGGUCCCAGCAACAGGCCACCUCUCAGAAGUGAAGGCAGGAACUUACCCUUGCCGGUUCCGAGCAGGCCUCAGCCCCCAUCUCCUGGGGAAGAAGAGACUCCCUUAGAUGAAGAGUGGUAUGUCUCCUAUAUCACCCGACCAGAGGCAGAAGCCGCUCUGAGGAAGAUAAACCAGGAUGGCACCUUUCUGGUUAGAGACAGCUCUAAGAAGACAGUGAACAAUCCGUAUGUUCUUAUGGUGUUGUACAAAGACAAAGUUUACAACAUCCAGAUCCGCUACCAGGAGGAAAGUCAAGUCUACUUGUUGGGCACUGGCCUUCGAGGAAAAGAGGACUUCCUGUCUGUAUCAGAUAUUAUUGACUACUUCAGGAAAAUGCCACUGUUGCUCAUUGAUGGAAAAAAUCGAGGGUCCAGAUACCAGUGCACACUAACACAUGCUGCAGGCUGUCCGUAGCAAGUUAGCCAAGAAGUGAGCCCUUCCUGACUCUGUCAUCAGUGCGGCGAGAUCACGUGACCUUAGCAAAUGGCUGAACACUUAGGACUAAAGCAGACUGUUAUUGCGGGCCCUGAGUUCUGCCCUGGCCUUAAAGUAUCUGAAGAUUGUUGAAUACCACACGAUUUAUUUAUUUUUCUUUGAUGUUUAUAGAGUAUGGAAGUGAUCAUGUUCACGUUUGAAGUCUAAGAGUGCAUGGCAGACAUGAGAUUUUGAACAUCCAUCUCAAAAUACAGUACUUUAUACAGUACAGAAAUAAUGUGGAGCAAGCUUAAAAAGUACUGAAACUGAUCGUUUUUGAUAUUUUUUUUUAUAAUGAAACUUUUGUCAGGCCGAGGCACAAUCUGUUUUUUUACACAUAACUUAAAAUGAUUAAAAUUCAUUUUCGGAGCAGCAGUAACUUAAGAGGCUCCAAAACUAGCACUCAUUGCUUCUUAUUUGGUUUUACAGGGUGUGCUUUUAUGUGUCCCUUUUCAUAAUGAGAUUGAUACAUGCUGGGUUAACUUCCCGGGAUUAAAGUUAUCGUUUGCUUUAUUCUUCCAGCUCCUUAAGACAACUUUGGUCCUUGCUGUUAUGUCUUUGUUUUAAAGCAAAUGUAAGCUAUGUUUCUGAACUUACAAGAAGAAAAUAGUCUUAGGUUCAGCGAUGCAGCUUUGCUGUCUAACAUGCUGGGGUUUCUGUUGCUUCUCUAUCACAGUCGCCCAUGUCUCCAUCCACAGUGGGCUCCCUCCACUCCCGCUUUGAGAAGCCUUUUCUAGUUCUGAAGGUCUCCUGGGAAGACGACCAGAAGAUGCUUGGUAAACACACAAACACACACACACACACACACACACACACACACACGACUUCAAGCCCACUUUCCUACUAGAUGCUACUUUUAUUAGCUGGCCUUCAGUUAGAAAGUUUGACUUUUGCUUGCAUGGUCGCCUGUUCCUGUUCCUUUGGGCCUGCAACAGUUCAUAGAGGAUACGGAAGUGAGAAUGUUUACCUCAUGGUGGCUGGGAAACAAAAGAAAGGAAAAGAAGCAAAUUUCCCUCCAGAUCCUGCCCCUGCCUCCCUAGCUUCCUCCCACUGGGCUGCAUCUCCUAAGGUCCCACCACUGCCCAGUGCUGCCCUGGCUGGGGCUGCCCAGUGCUGCCCUGGCUGGGGCUGGGGCAAGCCUCUAAGACCUGGGCCUUUGGAGAAUACCUAUUCAAACCUCUGCUCGGGCUCUCUGUCUUACUACUCCAACAAGUAUGUUGCAAAGCAGCUGUCUCGUCCCUCUCAAAUUGGCUUUUAACCCCCCCUUCAGAGCACCUCAGAUCCCCUAACCCACCAUUCUUGACUUUAUGAUUGUGUGGAAGUGAUGCUUGUUAAGUACAAACUGUACGUCAAUGUUUGAAUUUUGCUUUUCUGGGGCUAGCAGCAGGUGCUAUGAAAUGUGAAAGUCUUGGCUGACUAUGUGAUCACCAGGGUACCCAUCAGUUAUAUGUUGCAGCUGAUAUUUUUCUUUUUUGGGGGGAUGUGCUAUGAACACUCAGUAAAUUAAAUAAUAUAUUCAG